AUGGACAAAUUAGAGCUAGCUGCAGCAACACCAACGCAACGUAACUGGCGCGGUAUUUUAAUCGCGUUGCUGGUUAUAGCAGCGGUGUUGGGGCUGAUCGUGUUCAGCAUAGCGCUGCUGACUCCGGCCGGUGAUGAUGGAAGAGGCAGAGGCAGAAGACCGACCCUCGCGGAUAUAAUGACAGAACACUAUAAGCCGUUUAAUGGCACAUGGCUAUCAGACGAGGAGUUGGUCUUCCGCGAUCGUUGGGGAGGUCUGACGCUCUUCAACGUGAAGAACUUCACAACCAGACUGCUUAUGAACAAUUCUACUUUUGUUCACAACGACCACUUCUAUAAUAACAGAAUGUUCAAUAUUCAUUGCGCGCUGAGAGAUAAUUAUCCUUCCAUUAUAAAAAGGGAGCUGAAUGCUGUCGACUUUAAAGUUUCUGCUGACUUGAAGUUCGUUCUGUUGAUAUCAGAUGUGAGACCGGGCUGGCGACACGCAAGACUGGCGAGAUACCACGUGUAUGAUGUUAUAACGAGGAACAAAAUCCCCAUUUCGCCGAUAGAAGACGACAGGUCUGCUCCGCUACUGCAGUAUGCUGAGUGGUCUCCUGUCGGCUCCGGGCUGGUCUUCGUUUAUGACAACGACAUCUACUACAAACCCAAAGUUUUGAAAGCCUUGGUUUGCAGAAUCACUAGUAACGGAGUUCCAGGAGUAAUCUUCAAUGGCGUACCAGACUUUCUAUAUGAGACAGAGGUGUUGAGACUUGACCGAGCCCUGUGGUUCAGUCCCGAUGGACAGACGCUCAUGUACGUGACCUACAAUGACACCCUGGUACAACAACACAAAUAUCCAUGGUAUGGUUUGGAUCAACAAGAACCACCCGCGUAUCCUGCCAUAAGGACCCUGAGAUAUCCGAAGAUGAAUACUAAUAAUCCAGCAGUGACGGUUUACGUGGUCAGUCUGAAGACUCCAAAGUUUUUAUUCCCACAUGCUAUACAGUUUAACUCACCCUUCGACGCUGGCUGGUAUGUUCGUUGGACCAGUUGGGUGUCUGAGCGUCAGGUAGCUGCUCUGCUCCUCAACAGACCUCAGAAUCUAUCCAUCAUCACCACGUGCAACGCUGUUACAUACAACUGCCAGGAUAUCUAUCGCGACGAGUCUGACGCUUCGCGAUGGUCAGGUCUUGGGUCAGACCCGGAGGAGGAGUGCGGCUGGUGCGGGGGGGCGGCGCUGGUGGGGGGGAGGAGCGGCAUCUUCACCUCCAUACCUGUCACCGACCAGGGAGGAGUGUGGAGACACGCGAUACAUCUGACACAGGAGACGAGGACCACCAUCACACAGGGGAACUUCGAAAUAACACAGCUGAUCGGAUGGGAUGAGAAACGAAGACUGCUCUACGUGAUCGGCACCGCCCCUGACAAAGCCGGUGAGCGUCACCUGUACCGCGUGUCGGUGCCAGUGGACGGCUGGCCUCCUCCACCCGUCUGCCUCACCUGCCCUGGACGGAUGAUUGAAGCUACCAGUGAACCCAGCACGGAGGAACCGGAAUAUGACAACAGCACGUCAUCAUUACCCGCGUGGCCGACGUCCACAGUCCUACCCCACGUUGCCGACGAAAACGACUCGCUUCCCACCGCCUGCCUCUACAACAGAGUUAUAUUCAGCAAGAAUUUCUCCUACUACGUUCAGGAGUGCCUCGGUCCAGAUCCCCCAGCUAUAUUCCUCUGUACGUCAGCGGGGUCCCGCCGGGCCGUGCUCUGGGAUGGGGCGCCACUCAGACAAAAGUUCGCGGCCCUCGCUUCACCGCAAGCGAAAGUGUUCAGAGUUGAGGUGCAGGCACAAAGAUCAGCUCGUGUGAGGUUACUUCUGCCUCCGGGUCUGCGUGAUACUGACGACCUGCCGCUACCACUAGUAUUGCAUUUGUCCUCGGCCCCAGGGUCCCAGCUGGUGACAGAGCAGUGGGCGCCUCGUUGGGGCUGGUACCUCGCCGCCGCAAGGAACUUCAUAGUCGCUGAAAUAGACGCGAGAGGCUCCGGCGGACAGGGAGAGGAGCUACGAACAGAGAUAUACCAAAAACUGCUGUCAGUGGACGUUGAAGACCAAAUAGCUGUUUUAUCCUACCUCCGUGACAACCUGAAGAUGGUGGAUGGCAGUCGUACUGGUGCGUGGGGGAGCGGGUAUGGAGCGGCCGCGGCGCUGGCCCUGGCUGCUGGGGACGCGGCCAACCUCACCAGGUGCCUGGCCCUGCUGGCGCCCCUUGCUGACUUACGACACCACAACUCGUUCUGGUCGGAGCGCUACGCGGGUGUGGGUGGUGGAGCGUCCCUAGGAGUGUGGCGUCGCGCGUCCUCGGUCCCUCCUCGGCGCGUGUUGCUCGCUCACGCCACCGCGGACGUGCGAGCUCCUCCGCCUCACGCCCUCGCUCUUGCACGAGCUCUCAUACAAGCCAGGGCCGUGUACUCUCAUCAGGUGUAUCCUGAUGAGGGUCACUCCUUCGAGCGCUCAUUCCUGCACGUGUACUCCUCCAUGGAGCAGUUCUUCGACGAGUGUUUCGGUCCCGUGGAGCUCGCGGACUGGGACAACCCCGGGGGACUGUUCCCAUUCAGGGAUUGA